CAGAUUUUUUUGUGUUUAAAUAUGCGAUUUUGGAAUGCAGUUGGUUUUGUAAAACAAUUUGUCUUGCGAAAUUUAAAAUCACAGUUUAUUUCGGCCAUAACAUGCUUGUAUCCAAGCUCUUUCAGAACUGCCGCCCAAGUUGUUUAGAUAGCCCAGAGGUGCUGAAUCUGACUCGUCAACACUUGAAGAAAGUUGACCCAGCGCCAGGCAACCUGCACUACAGCACCUUGCUGCUGGACCACAACGAUAUUCCUAGAUUGGAAAAUGUUGAGACCUACUGCAGCCUCAUCAAGUUUUCGGCAUCUCACAAUCAGCUAGUCAGAAUGUACGGGGUGGCUAGGCUGUACAGCCUGAGAGUGUUGAACCUCUCGCACAACAGCAUAGUCUCGAUAGAAGGCUUGAAGGACAUGAAGUAUCUCUCCCACCUCAACCUGGCGGGCAACAACAUCAAAAGCAUCGAACAUCUCAACGCCAACCUGCUGCUGGAACACCUGGACCUGUCCGACAACGCCAUCACGACGAUACCGGAUCUGUCCAGCAUGAAGCUGCUGCGCCGGCUCCACCUGCAGUCGAACCGCAUCAAGACGCUCCAGUUUUGCGACAAGUUCCUGCCGCCCAGUCUGACGGCCUUGACCUUGGCCGACAACGCCCUGACGGACCUGAACGAGGUGUCCCGUCUCUUUCACCUAGUCUACUUGGAACUAUUCAGCCUGUCCGGCAAUCCGUGCUGCUCUUACGGCGACGGCUGCCGGCCUUUCCUGCUCAACUGGCUGCCGGGCCUGAAAAUCAUGGACGAAACGCUAGUCAGCGCCAAGGAGAGUCUGGUGGCCGAGUGGCUGUUCUCGCUGGGCCGAGGGCGCCAGUUCAAAAUUGGCCAGCACGACGAGUUGGUGGCCUAUUUGAUUGCCAUCCGGCCGGACGUCGGGGGCGUCGCCAACGGAUCUCAAUCGGACGCCGAGUGCAGUUCCGGCAAACUGGACAAAAUACUCAAUUUGGCCCGUCAGAAUCACUGCGAUCUCCAGCUGGCCGUCUCGGCCACUUCGUCACCGACUCCCACUCGACGCUCGGUCCAGCCUUCGACGUCGCCGGCCGUCAAGAAAACGGUGCCACUCCGGAAACAGGUUUCGCCACCCAAAGACCUGGCGGCGGUGACGGCCAAGUCGGCCAAGGCGCCCGUCAAAUCGACUUAUGAAGACGAUUUGAGCUUGGAGCCCAUGCCGGCCUUGAUGUACCAAAGUCUGGACCCUUCGUCGGCUAAUUUGGCCCUGGAGAGGAGCUCCAGUCUAACCAGCGCCACUCUGGUGCCUCCCAGUCGCCCAGCCCGACCCGUUUCGGCCCAGCACUACGGCCUGGACGACGACGACGACCUGGCCGGGCAGGCGACGCUGAGGCGAGCGGCCUCUGCGGCCCAGCAAACGCGCAAGCCGCUGUACAACCGCUCGGUGUCGCAGCAGCCUCGGACGGCCAAGCCCGUCUCCAAAUUGCCGACCCGGAAGAGCGGAGUGGAGCGGAGCGGAUCGUCUUCGUCGACGGCCAUCGGCCCAUCGGCCCAGUCGAUCAAAUCGACACCGUCGAAACUGUCGGAGACCCAAGCGGCCGUGGCCAUCCAGAAAGUCUGGCGAGGCUACCAGACCCGGAAUUUGGAUCCGGCGGUGGUCCGGCUGAAGAAUCACAUGCGGAUCAGCCGGGCCGAGGAGCACGUCGAGCACCUCAUGUCCCGCCAGCCGGCCCGCACCACCACGGCCCACCCCAGCGCCAGUCCGUCGAUGAGCAACGGAAUUCCGGCGACGGCCCGGAUGUCGAGACCCGGAUCAUCCUGUGCGGAUGGCGACGAAUUGGCCAAAUUGCGUCAGUCGCACCAAGUCCUCGAGCGUCAAGUCAACGAUCUCCAGCAGUCGAUGCAGCAAGUGCUGGACUGGAUGAGCUCAUCGUCGGCCUCGUUCUCGUUCCAGCAGCCGGUGCCCAGGCCUCGCACUCUGCCGCUGACGUCCAAAUCGGCGCCUUCGGUCCAGCAGCCGCUCGAAAGCUUCGCCCAGGGGAUGGCCGAUCGACUCAUCCAGUCCGUCAGCGACCCCUGCGGCUCCCUGCUGGACCCGCCACCGUCCAACAACCACCACCACACGUCCACCUCCAAUCCUCCAUCGACAGCCGUCGGCCUUGUACUACCCUGAACAACAACAACAACAACAAAAUGGCAGCAACUUUUGGCAGAGACUUUUCUAGUCAACUCUCACCGAAUCUGAAUUCAAUUUUUGGUUUUGCCCACCUUAUUCUCAUUUUGAUUUAACGUCUUGUACCUUAAUUUCACCUUUGCAGCCACCCCCACCUCAUUGGUAUAUCUAAUUGUAUCAACUUGAAUAUGAUUUAUAUAUAUUUGCAUCAUCACAUCA